CCAAAGGACGAGACGAAAUGUAUCGAUCUCGAAGAAGCUUUUUCCUUCUAAUCUCUAAUUCACAUACCUAUCGACCGACGAAUCCGUCUCUACGUCGCGCUUUUUCUCAAACGCUCAUCCAUCGAAACGACAAUCUUCUUUUAUUUCUUUAUUUCUUUACUUAUUUUCCUUGUAAAUAAAUAAAUACGGUGUCUUAUUUUUUUAUAUACGUAUAGACAGUGAAAAUCGUAUAACGUGAUCAUUUGAAUGGAUUAUUAUUAAAUUAUAUUAUAGAUAUAUAUAUAUUUUUCUUUAUUCUCUCAGUGAGUGCUACGCACAAAUUUAUUUUUAUACUUUUUGUAAUUUAUUUAUCUUUUUCUUUGAAUCUUUAAAUCGGUUAGAUUUUGAAAUGUGCGGAGGUGGACUCCUACGUGAUGAUCACUCCUAUAUAUACAUAUAUAUCUGUUGCACUCCAUUUAGCGCUUGGGACUUAUUAGUGACGUAACGCGUUAAUUCGUAUCGUACUAAAUAGUUUUUUAACGUCGGUGGUACAACGUUAUUAGGAUAAUCACGUCGAACAAUUCACACGAUUUUAUUUCAUACAUAAAUUGUGAACGUUACAUCAUUGACCUCAUUAAAAUCUUUAUUUUUUUCAUUUUCGAUAUUAAAAAUAAACAGAAAGAAUGGAUCAAGGAUUUCCUGGUCAACAUACAACAACAACCACCGUCACUACUACGACGACCACCAUUCAACCUAAUGUACGAUUUGAUCCAUCUUAUGUGAGAACAUUACCGGGUAUUCUCAAAAUUGUUCAAGUGAUAUUAAAUCUCUUGGGAUUCAUAUGCAUCACUGUUUCGAUUUAUAGUAGCCACAGUCGAGGAGGAUGGUUCAAUACCGUGGCUAUGGGUGGCUUUUGGUUCACCGGUGUUCUCCUUGUUCUUUAUUUAUUCCAUAUUGUUGAGAAGUUCUCCAAAAUUCCAUGGUUAAAGAUCGAAUUCAUAUUCUGUUCGAUUUGGACGGUGUUUUAUCUUUUGGCUGCUUCUUUAGCAGCUGAUUACGGCCGAGUUUCUGAAUCUUUCGCCGUUGCAGCGUUCUUCGGUUUUUGUGCCAUGGUAGUGUAUGGUUAUGACGCUUGGUUGAAGUUCAAUGCAGCGAGAAGCGGAGCUUUGGCUCAGGGUCAACAUAUGCCAAAACAAGUUUCAACAGUUACCAGUCCCGCGUAUUAAUUUUUAUAGGUAUAUGUUAAUAUAUCUGUAGUAGUUGAUGACGAAUGAAAAGCAUGAAGUCAUCGAAAGAGAGCAUGAAGUCACGAUUUUCAACACGAAUCUCCUUGGACGAUCUAUAAUAUUGGAUUGAUCACUCGCGAAUGAUCAUCAUCGACGUAGAAGAUGUCUUUUUUUUUCUAUUUUACACGAUAUUAGUAUUAAGUUAUAAUAAGUUAUCAUUCAUUUAUUUAACUCAUUCGAAUCUCCAUUGUUGUGUCUGAUGAAAAGAUACGACGCGUUGUUCGAUGCUGUAUAGUCGAAGCGAGUAUACAAGCACAAAGCUCUUUAUUGUGUCGCUUUUUUUCGUUCUAAGAUGUCUGAGCUUCAAGCCUUUAAUUCCUUGAAAGUUUUCAAGGACAGUAUAUAAUAUUUAAAUAUCUAUUUAAAAAAUUAAUAUUAAUUCUACAAAUGGAAUGAUUUUAGUGUUCUUAUCAUAUAGCCAAGACUAACUUUUAUCCGUCUUAUUAAUAUAUUUUUUUUUCUACCUUCAGAUUCCGCGCGCGUGUCGUACAAAGAAUAAUUAUUAUUAAAUACGGCGACAUCUGUGAACUUGCCGAUGACCAAACUUUUUUUUAAAGAAAUUCGCGCUUAUUCACAAACCUGUGAGCGUAGGGAACACAAGUAAUUAAGUUUAGCGAUAAUGUCGACCAUCGAUUGUUAAUGUUUAGAUGAUAUUUAAUGUUGUUUAUUUGAAUCAGCAGAGUUGAUCGUUGUUCGUUGUUUUUUAAAGCAAUAUCUAUAAAAUCGAAUAUUUACGUACAUCGUACAAACGAACACAUAUCCUUGUUUUUUAUACUCAUCGUAUACGUAGACCUUUUUAAAUAUGUCCUCUUCAUGCUAUGGGCAAUAUAAAGUAUAUAUGUAUGUAUACAUAUGCUAGUUUCACCGCAUAUCGUAAAAUAUUACGCUUAUGAGAUCAACCAUAAUUGAAUGUUGCUUUACGAUACGCCUUAUCAUAUCAGCAUCUUGAUGAGUCAUCGUUUAGACUUGUCAAGAAAAUAUUAUUUUAAAUACGCUUAGCGUUUUUGUAAAAAAGGCGUUGCCUUAUAGUAAGUACUUACGUAAAAUAUUAUGCGAAUCAUUUAUAAAAAAACGUUGACCAAAUAAUCCCAAUAUAUAUAUAUAUAUAUAAUCGUUACGAAUAAAUUAGUUAAUUGUUUCACGUUACUCAUACCGUGAUUCAUACGAUCACGUUAAAAUUGUGUGCGUAGAAUGCGUUGUAAACUAUAUUUUUAUUACUUUUUAUUCGAUCGACUCGAUACAGGUACAUCAUAUGUAUAAAUAUAUAUACGUCGUAGAUAUAUUAAACUAAAUAACUAAUUUAUUAGCGAUGUGAAUGCGUGUAUGACGGCGGAGCAUAGAAGGUGUGGGGGGAAGGUAUAAAUCGACGAAAAUAAAAUCAAUCGGAUGAAAACA